UCCACUCUUUUUCAGAAUCGGUGAAAGAGUGAUUCAUGCUGGGAGGUGCAAUGUAUAGCCUGGAAGGAGGGUCAAAUUUACACUCUGUGAGCUUUACUCAGCCACAUCAGCGUAAAGAUAAUUCUCAGAUAAGAAAGUGUGUUGUCACUGAAACCGGUAUAAAAGGGAGACGUUGGGUAAAGCUGGCCAUCAUUAGGAUCACAGCAAAUCCAUCAUCAUGACUUUCAAUGGUUCCUGGAAAGUUGACCGCAAUGACAACUACGAGAAGUUUAUGGAACAAAUGGGCAUCAACAUGGUGAAAAGGAAACUGGCUGCUCAUGACAACCUGAAGAUCACCCUGGAGCAAACUGGUGACAAGUUCAUAGUGAAGGAAGUUAGUGCUUUCCGCACGCUGGACAUCACUUUCACUCUCGGCGUCAACUUUGAAUAUUCUCUGGCAGAUGGCACUGAGCUCAGUGGAUCCUGGGUCAUGGAGGGUGACAUGUUGAAGGGCACCUUCAAUCGCAAAGACAAUGGAAAGGCGCUCAUAACAACUAGGAAGAUUGUUGAUGGUGAACUUGUACAGACCUAUAACUAUGAAGGUGUUGAUGCCAAGAGGAUUUUCAAAAGGGGUUAGAACUGUAUUGGGACAAUUUAAAACUGUUUAGUGUUAACACUGAAUAUUUUACAGGAAUUGCCAGCCCUGUAUUUAAUGUAUACAAAGUAUGGUUAAAAAAGAAGGUGUGUGCAUGUAAACCAUGUUUCAUUUGCACUGAGUUUUGAUAUUCAAAGCCUUUUGUGAACUGUUUUCUGUUCUGUGCUGCAUGUUGUGUACCUAAUAAAAAACAGAAAUGCAUUA